AGCACUAGAAUGGCCACUGCUUUUCAGUAUUUUGGAAGACUCUCGUUUCUGCUUUCACUGUCUCUGGUUCACUCGGCAUCCACUUCUGUCUAUAUAGUUUAUCUAGGACAAAUCAACCAUGUCAAUGAUCCUCUCCUCACUUCCCACUACCAUUCCCAACUCCUUACCAUUGUAUUCGACAGUGAGGCAGAUGCAAAGCAAUCUAUGCUGUAUAGCUACAAGCACAGCUUCUCAGGGUUUUCGGCCAAGCUUAAUUCAACUCAGGCUACCAGAUUGUCGGGGAUUAAAGGAGUGGUAUCAGUGUUUAAAAGCAAGACACUUGAGUUGCAUACAACUAGAAGCUGGGAUUUCAUGGGCCUUCCGUUGGACUACAUGACUCCUAAAUUAUUGACAACUCCACAACAAUCCGUCUACGGUUCCCACGAUGUUAUUGUUGGUGUCUUUGAUACUGGUAUCUGGCCUGAGUCUGCCAGUUUCAAAGAAGAGGAAUGCAUGAAACCGAUACCAAGAAGAUGGAAAGGAAAAUGCUGCGCAGGUCAGAAAUUUGAUCCUUCUGUUCACUGCAGCAAGAAGGUGAUUGGAGCUCGGUACUAUCUAAAAGGCUUCGAGGAGGAGUAUGGAAAACUCAAUACAUCCACCGAAUACAGAUCAGUUAGAGAUUACUUAGGCCAUGGAACUCACACAGCUUCAAUUGCUGUCGGCUCCAUUGUACAAAAUGCAAGUUUUCUUGGUUUUGCACAAGGCAUUGCUAGAGGAGGAAAUCCUAAGGCCAGACUAGCUGUGUACAAAAUAUGUUGGAACUAUGAGCCUGAUGGUGGCAAGUGCACCGAGGCGGAUAUACUGGCUGCUUUUGAUGAUGCAUUGUGCGAUGGUGUUGAUGUCAUAUCUGCCUCACUGGGACUUUCACCUCCACUGUAUCCGCUUUUUGAGUCGAGUGCAGACAUUGGCUCGUUUCAUGCCACGCAGAAAGGCGUGAGUGUUGUUUUCUCGGCCGGAAAUGAUGGUCCGACUCCUGCUUUGGUGCAAAAUGUGUCUCCUUGGAGCAUCUGUGUGGCUGCUGCUUCGAUUGACCGCAAUUUCCCGACACAGAUUGUGCUGGACAACGACAAUCUUGUUCUUAUGGGAGAAAGUUUGAUCACAAAACCAAUAAAUGGAAGACUUGCCGCAGCAAGAAAGUACUUUGAAUUUGGGGAGUGCAAACUGGAGAACUGGAACAGAAAAUCAGCCGCAGGGAGAAUUAUCUUAUGCUUUUCAACCGAAGGAUCGGAUGUGAGUUUGGAAGCUGAAGUGGCAACAUGGAGAGCUAAUGCAUCUGGCUUAAUAUUAGUUGAGCCUCCUACCUUACAGACUGUUGAUGUUUCUAUCCUGCCUACCGUUUAUCUCGAUAUCAUUCAGGGGACUAAAAUCAUUCACUAUCUUGCUCAAUCUCAAAGGACACCGGUGAUCCGGAUAUCACCAAGCACAACGGUUAUUAAGAAGUCUCCAGCCCCAAUUACUGCAUACUUUUCUUCUAGAGGUCCAAGCUCAAUAACACCUGAUGUACUUAAGCCAGAUAUAACAGCUCCAGGAGUAACAAUAUUAGCAGCAUGGCCUACAGAAACUCCUCCAACUUUGUUUGAUAAACGUACUGUGAAAUGGAAUUUCCAAGCCGGAACUUCCAUGUCUUGUCCUCAUGUUUCCGGUGUCAUAUCUCUUAUCAAGUCAUUGCAUCCAGACUGGUCCCCUGCCGCACUAAAAUCUGCUAUCCUGACUACAGCCUACACAAAAGACACAACCCACGACACCAUUCUAGGCGGCGGACAUAUGAAAGUAUCUGAUCCAUUUGACAUUGGUGCUGGUCACAUAAACCCCAUGAAAGCCAUGGAUCCUGGUUUGGUCUAUGACAUGACCACCAUCGACUACAUAAUGUACCUUUGCAGCAUUGCCUACACCGAAGGCCAUAUCCGAAGAAUUGUUAGUUUGUCUAAAAUUUCCAGCGCAACCUGUCCAAAAGGUAGCAAAAAGGCCUAUAACAUCAACUUCCCCUCGAUUAUGGUAUCGAAUCUUCAAUCCCAAAUAACCAUAAAAAGAACUGUACGUAACGUUUCUAUCAAGAAAACUGCUAUAUAUUUUGCUAGUGUUGUAAAGCCGCAUGGGGUAGAAGUUUCGGUAUGGCCUAGUGUGUUGAUCUUCUCCUACUUUAAGGAUGAACUGUCAUACUAUGUUACUCUCACACCGACGAAGAAAUCUCAAGAAAGGUUUAAUUUUGGUGAGAUUAUACUAUUUGAUGGUUUUCACUUUGUGAGAAGUCCUCUGAUUGUGCGUGUCAACACAACUUGUACUAGUAGUACUAUCAGUGCAGAUACGGGAAAUGAUGUUGCCAAUUGAUCAGCAAUUCGCCUUAAAAUUCCAAUAAUAUGUUUGAAAAUCCGGCCACCAAAUGUGAUCAUGCUGUGUAGUUGGAUUCUAUUCAGUUUCUUAUAUACUGCAAAUCUGCGAUAGCUCCUUUUGUAUCUACGAGGAGUUUCUGAUGUACUCAUAUUAAUGUAGGUGUUGGCCCUCAUUAUUACUAUAUUCAUCAUUAAUUCCCUAAAUAUCAAGAUUCGAGAAAAU